AUGCCGAUGCUCUUCCUAAUACUUUCGCUUUAUUCAAUAGGAAUUGGUAGCGUGGUUGCAGGAGUUCUGGGUGGCGCUCCAACCCACGGCUUCAACUUCUCUUCCGUAUACUCAAACCGCACCAAUGCGACUUACUACAAUUAUACCAACGCUAUCUCUUCGAAUGACUUUUCAUACAGAGGCGUUGCUCUUGGUGGUUGGCUCGUGUUGGAGCCAUAUAUAACACCUUCACUAUUUUUGUCCUUCAACGAAUCUUCUCACAAUCUGUCUGACAUUCCCAAAGAUGAGUACCGAUUCUGCGAGAAGCUCGGUGAGGAGGAAGCGUCCAAAAGGCUCCAGAAGCAUUGGAGUACUUUCUACAAUGCGCUGGAUUUUGCUGAUAUAAAAGCAUAUGGCUUCAAUAUGGUGAGGAUACCGGUUGGCUACUGGGCAUUCGAAACCCUCGACGACGAUCCAUAUGUACCUGGCGCCCAGGAGUACUUGGAUAAGGCCAUUGAGUGGGCUCAUGAUAACGAUCUAAAAGUUUGGAUAGAUCUCCACGGUGCGCCAAACUCACAAAAUGGGUUUGACAAUUCGGGUCUUUUCCGAAAGAACGAGCCUGGCUGGCAAGACAAGUCGGAAUAUGUGGACUUGACCUUGAAAGUGUUGCGCCAAAUAUACGCCAAAUAUGGCAGUGCUGAGUUCAGUGAGAGGUACAACGAUACAAUUUUGGGUAUCGAGGUGCUCAAUGAACCCAUGGGCCCAAAGUUGAAGAUGCCGAAAUUAAAAGACUUCUAUGACAAGGCAUAUACCGCAGCCAGAAGUAUACAAGAGACCAACAACACCAUCGUUUUUCACGAUGCCUUUCAGAAAGCGGGCUACUGGAAUAAUUUCCGACAGCACAAUAACAAUAUGACCAACAUCACACGAAACUACAAUAUUCUUAUAGACCAUCAUCAUUAUGAAGUAUUCGGUGUGGCCCAGCUCAAUUCCUCCAUUGCUCAGCAUAUCGAGAACAUCAAGAACUACGCCUCUGGCAUCGAGGACGAGCUAAAUCACCACCCAGCUGUCGUGGGAGAAUGGUCCGCAGCAUUGACUGACUGCGCACCCUGGCUCAACAGUGUCAACUGGGGUACUCGAUGGGAGGGGACUCCACCUUACGACAAUUCGCCAAUCAAGCUGAAGAGCAUCAAGAACUGCCAUGAAAUCAAUAAUUGGAAGUCGUGGAGUGAGAAACACAAAAGAGAUACCAGGAAAUUCAUAGAGAUCCAACUCGAUCAAUAUGAAAGCAAAACCAAUGGGUGGAUAUUCUGGUGCUACAAAACAGAGACCACCAUUGAAUGGGACUUCAAGAGGCUCGCUCAGUAUGGGCUUUUUCCGCAGCCAUUUGAGGAUCGGCAGUAUAUCAAGAACGGCACGGACACCAAGCCAGACAAGAGCGGCAGCUCACGCCAGUUUGGUUUGCUGACUCUGUCACUAUUUGUUGCCAUAUUUCUUUCAUUUUUUAUCUAA